AUGUAUAAUGAUAUUAAUAAGGAUUCGUCAGAUUGCACCCAAUAUUAUAAAAAAGCUAAAACAUUUGUUGAUGAAUAUAGUAAACUUCUUAAUAAUAAUGAUUUUGAUACAGAUGACAGUUCACAUAGAACAUUAUUGUCGAGUUUAUCAACUAAUUAUAAUAAUUUAAAAAAAUAUUGUGAUAAAAAUUGCAACGGUUGUAGCAGUAUUCCAUCUCUUCCAACGACAAAAACAACACAAGUUUCUGCACAUAUCUCUGAAGCUACAUCAUCAAGUUCGUCGAUAACAAGCACAUUAAUUCCAGGUUUAUCGACAUUUGCAAUACCAGCUUUCUUGGGAAUUGCUUAUAAGUAUUCAUUAUUUGGAAUUGAUAAACUAUUUCAAAGACAAUAUAUAAGAAAAAAAUUAAAUCAAGUAAAGAAGAAAAUGAAAGUUAAUAUAUGA